AGGUAAGCCAAACAGCCUCUAAACGGAUCUCUCUGCACAAAGAAGCCUUUCUCGUACUCUGGCAAGCGGCGCACACUGAGAACAUUUCGUCAACGAACUUAACUACCUUCCUGGACAUGAAAAGCGCCUCCAUUAGCCUCUUUGACAUAAACCCAAGAAAAAACUUCAGAGCUUAUGUUGAAACAAGCAUUUCUUUGUUGAAAAUGUUCUCGAAGCAACGGUUGGAAACUCAUGGAAGUGCUCUUCAUGGGCAUUUGAUAAAAAUGGGUGUGGCAUCUGAGAGAUAUAUAGCCGUUAGAAUGAUUAUUCUCUACCUGAACUGUGGGAAGUCUACCGAAGUUGAUCAACUACUGAAGGAGAUUAACGGGUUUAAUCUUGUUGUGCAUAACUGUUUGAUCUCAGCCAAUGUUGAUCGGGGGAACUUGGACGAAGCUCGCGGGUUGUUUGAGAAAAUGCCGGAAAGAAACGAGGUCUCGUGGACUGCGUUGAUUUCGGGGUUCAUGAGACGCGGAAGAGUGAAAGAAUCAAUGUGGUACUUUGAGAGAAACCCAUUUCAGAAUGUGGUAUCGUGGACUGCAGCAAUCAAUGGUUUGGUGCAAAACGGGCUGAAUUUCAACGCUCUGAAGUUAUUCCGGAAAAUGCUUCAAUCCGAGGUUAUGCCAAAUGAUAUUACUUUCACGUCCAUUGUUAAAGCCUCGGCAGAAUUGGGUGGUUUUGGGUUUGGAAUGAGCGUCCUGGGGUUGAUUGUUAAAGUUGGUUUUGAACACAAUGUCUCUGUUUCUAAUUCUUUGAUUACUUUAAAUUUGAGGUUGGGGGAAAUUGAUUUGGCUCGGAGAAUUUUUGAUCAAAUGGAAGAGAGAGAUGUUGUUUCAUGGACAGCAAUCAUGGAUAUGUAUGUUGAGAUGGGGGACUUGAGAGAAGCACGUCGGAUAUUCGAUGAAAUGCCUGAGAGAAAUGAAGUUUCUUGGAGUGCAAUGAUAGCUAGAUACAGCCAGAGCGGUAAUGCUGAACAGGCAGUUGAACUUUUCCACCAGAUGGUUCAAGAUGGUUAUAGGCCAAACAUGUCGUGUUUUCCUAGUAUUAUAAAUGCAUUGGGUGACCUUAAGGCUUUGAGAUUAGGGAUGAAUAUCCACGGCCAUGUUUCAAAGAUUGGUGUGGAGAGAGAUAUUUUCACUAGUAGCUCACUUAUUGACUUCUACUGUAAAUGUGGAAAAACUGAAGAUGCACGGUUGGUUUUCAAUUUGAUUUUGGAGAAGAAUGUUGUUUGUUGGAACUCAAUUGUCAGUGGAUAUAGUCUGAAUGGCGAAUUAGAGAAAGCUAAGGAGCUGUUUGACCUCAUGCCGAAGAAGAACAGUGUCUCCUGGAACGUUAUGAUUUCGGGUUAUUUAGAAAAUGAACAAUGCCACCAGGUAUUUGAAUUAUUUAAUCAGAUGCUUUUGUCUGGUGAAGCCCCAAACGAGUCUACCUUUUCAAGCGUUCUAUGUGCUUGUGCAACCAUGGCCUCGUUAGAGAAAGGCAAGAAUCUCCAUGGAAAAGUUCUUAAACUUGGGCUUGAGUGUGAUGUUUUUGUAGGAACUGCUCUUACUGAUAUGUAUGCGAAAUCCGGGGACAUUGAGAGCUCUAAGCAGGUCUUUGGUAGAAUGCCUGAGAAGAAUGAGAUUUCAUGGACUGCUAUGAUUCAAGGACUGGCAGAAAAUGGUUUUGCAGAGGAAUCUCUUGUCCUGUUUGAAGAAAUGGAUAGGACAUCAUCUGUAACACCUAAUGAGUUGACUCUUUUAGCAGUUCUAUUUGCUUGUUCGCAUUGCGGUUUGGUUGAUAAAGGGCUUUGGUACUUUAAUUCCAUGGAGAAGGUCUAUGGAAUAAAGCCAAAAAGUAGACACUACACAUGCUUGGUGGACAUGUUGGCUCGAUCGGGACGCCUUUUCGAGGCAGAACAGGUCAUCGGAAGCAUGCUGGGCCAACCUGAUACCAACACUUGGGCAGCUUUGUUAAGUGGUCAUAGGAUACACAUGGAUGAGAAUAGUGAGAUGGUAGCAGAAAGGACAGCUAGGAAGCUCUUUGAAAUAGAGGAGAAGAAAUCUAGAGGUUAUGUUUUGCUGUCAAAUAUUUAUGCUUCCGCUGGUAGAUGGAUUGAUGUUUCGAACACUAGGAAGUUAAUGAAGGAGAAGGGAUUGAAGAAAAGUAGUGGCUGUAGCUGGCUUGAGGUGAGGAAUCAAAUCCAUCUCUUCUAUUCUCAAGAUGGAAAUCACUCUCAGUCAGCUGGGAUUUAUGGGAUUUUAGAACUAUUGAAGUCUGAAAUGCUGGCUGUCUAGACUUCCAUAUGGCUGUUACACUUCCAUAUUUGGUGAAUUGUGACCUCACAUGAUUGUGUCGGGCAAGCAACAGCCCCUUCAUCACAAUACUUAAACGGGUCACACUUUAGCCAAGUAUCCUACAAAGAGACUCCUGAGAGCCAGAAGUAUUACAGGAAUGGCCAUAGGAAUGGGAGCAUCAUGACAUCUUGUUGAAUCAUGAGCCAAGAUCAUAAAGAGCAUACUGCCAGUAGGAAGUGGAAUUAAUACAAUGGAUUCAAAAGCAUCAAACCUCUCUUGCCUUUUUUUUUUCCAUAUGUUUUCUAUGGGUUUGGGAACGAGCCAUGAUGGAGCUUAAACAAGAGGUUGGACUAAGACUCGUGGGGGAAAAAAAAGGUUGAAGGACUCAAGGCUAAGUCGCAUUUUGCUGAUUAGAUAGUCAAUUCUCCAUGUUCUAAGGGCAUUGUGCCAUAAUACCAAUGGCAAUAUUAUGAUACUGAAGCCGUAGGGAACUUCACUACUUUGAGAGUAUACUGGAAGGAAAAUGACUCCUGUUCAGAACCGAGCUAACUUGGAGCACAAACUGUUCCUGGGGCACGCCUCCUAAUGCGCAAGCAUAAAUGAAUGUACAAGAGAAGAGCAGCAUGUCUUUGUGAAUCAAAAGCUUAAGGCUACAUCGAUUGGGAACUUACAAGCCCUUGGGUUGGGGAUUGCUGAAAAAUCAUCUAAUCUGUCUUCCUUUGACAUCUUGGGGAAUGUCUGAUCGUGACUCUUCCAAAGGCUUUGUUCAGAACCAGUGAGCUGCCGAAUGACCAGCUGGGAAUCUCCUGUAAGUUAUGUGAACUGAACACCUAUCUGGACAGGCCAAUAAUAAGAGCCUCAUAUUCAGCAAUGUUGGUGGUGCAUUCGAAGUACAACUGGAAGGACAAUAUUGUUUCUUAGUGUGAUAUUAAUACCACUUUAGCCUCUACAACCCCCCCUUUGUGCUAGAUCCAUACGAAAUCAAUGUUGAGUCGACAAUCAUCAAGAGGAGCACCACCAAGCAAGAUCAAAAAGUGUCAAAGUCAGAUUUUUUUAGAUACUCCUAAGUUAGAUCAGAAUAUUUUGUAAUGAUAUUUUGUUAUGGAGGGUUAGUAAAAAAGAAUGAAUGUUCUUGUUUUAUGGAAAGUUUUUUUUUUGUAGAAGUUGUUAAGGGUAAAUUGUAAUGGGUAUGGUCCCUCCUUAAAUCAUGGAAUUAUGUCUUUUGUAGAUAUAU